CAGCCGGGCUGAACCAUCCUUCGACCCUGUGGGGGAAGAAGUGGGUGUGUCCCGAAGCAGUAGAUGGACUUGUUGCUGUAGCUCCCGCCCUCAAUUUACCGCUUCCCCCCCUUUUCUCUGCGCUGUCGUUGGUUUCGCCCUGCGCGGACCAUAGCGACGGAGGGCGCGCCGGAGGAAGAUGGCGGUGGUGGCUCCACCGUUGGUGCCGGCUUUGUGAGCGCGCCGCUCGCUCUUCUCCCUGUCCCGUUCUCGCUCCUGCACCUAGCUCCUCCCGGCUGCUCUCAGCCUCUUCUUUCCUGCCGGGGCCGUAGAGAUCAUGUCGGACUCGGAGGAGGAGGAGAGUCCGGACCGCCAGCUCAAGCUGGUGGUGCUGGGGGACGGCACCACCGGCAAGACAUCCUUAGCUACCCGUUUUGCUCAAGAAACGUUUGGAAAACAGUACAAACAAACCUUAGGACUGGACUUCUUCUUGAAAAGGAUAUUAUUGCCAGGAAAUCUAAAUGUUACUCUUCAAGUAUGGGAUGUAGGGGGACAAACAAUAGGAGGCAAAAUGCUGGAUAAAUAUAUUUAUGGAGCUCAGGGCAUUCUCUUGGUUUAUGAUAUUACCAAUGGCCAGAGUUUUGAAAAUUUGGAAGACUGGUAUAAUGUGGUGAAAAAAGUGAAUGAAGGAUCAGAAACACAGCCACUUGUGGCCUUGGUUGGAAAUAAAAUUGACUUGGAGCAUAUUCGCACAGUGAAAGCUGACAAGCACCAGCGAUUCUGUCAGGAAAACAACUUCAGUAGCCAUUUUGUGUCAGCCAAGACAGGAGAUUCUGUCUUCCUGUGUUUUCAAAGAAUUGCUGCUGACAUACUCGGCAUCAAAUUAAACAAAGCAGAAUUGGAACAAUCGCAGAGAGUGGUGAAGGCAGAUAUUGUCAACUACAGUCAGGAGCCUGUGACAAGAGCCGCCAAUCCUUCCAGGAGCUCAAUGUGUGCAGUUCAGUGACCACCCUGUUCUUCUCUGGCUCGAUACCUUUGCAGUGCUCCUGCCUUGAUGCAGGCUCUGGGAUACCAGGACCUUGUUUUAACAGGGACCAGCACAACAAUGCCAUUAGAGGUUUCAGAAACAUCUUCACCAUUGUCCAUUAGGAAGCAGCAGGCAGUUUUUUGACUGGCUCAAAUUCAAACAUGAGACAACACACUUGAAAAAUUUCAGUCUAUAUUCUUUAAAAUUAUAUUUAAAUGAAACUGUAUAACUGUGUUUAUGUUUCCUCCUCUCUAUUUGACUGAUACCAGAAUAAAAAUAGAUGAGGAAGCCUUGCACUCAAAAUGCUUUUAAAGACAUCACCGUGGAAUGGUAUUUUGCCAAAGCAUUUUUAAUUUUUUUUUCUCCAGUCAUUUGAACUAACACUCAACAAAAUGUUACUUGGAAAAGCUGUUGUUGGAAUAACUUUAAACACAUAAUAUAUAUUUUAUCUAGGGAUAAUUUUGAAAGUGUUCAAUUAAUAUAUAUACACUUAGCACAAAAUGUAUAAGUUGUAUCCAGUGAGAAACAGUGCUUGAAAUAAAGCUGUUAUUAUAAAAAUA